CAGCGUCCCGAAGAUCCCCCCACCCCCCUAACUCUGCUAUCACAGUCAGCAAAGGUUUUCUUUCACCUUCUUGAGUCUUCUUUGUGGGAUCUGCUCAAUUAACCCCCCCAGUCUUGAGAAUAAGGGCCGCCUGUGCACUGCCAGAGCCCUGAGGUACGUCGAGCAUGAGUGUGUGUGUGUGUGUGUCUGUGUCUGUGUCUGUGUGUGUGUGUCUGUGUCUGUGUGUGUGUGUCUGUGUGUGUGUGUCUGUGUGUGACAGAGCGACAGUCAGCCUCUACUGAGGCUCUCCUCAUUGUGUGUGUGCGUGUGUGUGUGUGUGUGUGUGUGUGUGUGUGUGUGUGUGUGUGUUAUUCCUGCUUCUCUGUUCAUCUGACCCUCACCAGCCACCCAGUGCCGACUCAUAUACAGACUAAUUAUUAUGGGCUGCCGCUGUCAGAUCCAGGGCCUUAACCUGCUGUGCACACUAUUGUCUGUUGGGUUCCCUGAGUCUUAUUCCCCGUUGUACCUGCAGUUCCAGAGCACUUCCUGCCCCCCCCCCAGGUGUGAGACCUGUGGUGUGAUGGGUAACAUUCACAUUCUCUUUAAAAGGAUGAACCCGCCUUGUUGUAAAUACCUCCGAACAAGCAGGAAGGGCAGUGCCUCGCCCCCUAAUCGAUACUCUGACACUGCGGCUCUCUGCCACCGCGGCCUGUCGGCACACCUCUCCUCGCCGGAUCGCGGCUCUCAGCCACCGCGGCCUCUCGGCACACCUCUCCUCGCCGGAUCGCGGCGCUCUGCCACCGCGGCCUGUCGGCACACCUCUCCUCGCCGGAUCGCGGCUCUCUGCCACCGCGGCCUGUCGGCACACCUCUCCUCGCCGGAUCGCGGCUCUCUGCCACCGCGGCCUGUCGGCACACCUCUCCUCGCCGGAUCGCGGCUCUCUGCCACCGCGGCCUGUCGGCACACCUCUCCUCGCCGGAUCGCGGCUCUCUGCCACCGCGGCCUGUCGGCACACCUCUCCUCGCCGGAUCGCGGCUCUCUGCCACCGCGGCCUGUCGGCACACCUCUCCUCGCCGGAUCGCGGCUCUCUGCCACCGCGGCCUGUCGGCACACCUCUCCACGCCGGAUCGCGGCUCUCUGCCACCGCGGCCUGUCGGCACACCUCUCCUCGCCGGAUCGCGGCUCUCUGCCACCGCGGCCUGUCGGCACACCUCUCCUCGCCGGAUCGCGGCUCUCUGCCACCGCGGCCUGUCGGCACACCUCUCCUCGCCGGAUCGCGGCUCUCUGCCACCGCGGCCUGUCGGCACACCUCUCCUCGCCGGAUCGCGGCUCUCUGCCACCGCGGCCUGUCGGCACACCUCUCCUCGCCGGAUCGCGGCUCUCUGCCACCGCGGCCUGUCGGCACACCUCUCCUCGCCGGAUCGCGGCUCUCUGCCACCGCGGCCUGUCGGCACACCUCUCCUCGCCGGAUCGCGGCUCUCUGCCACCGCGACCUGCCUGCAUGACUCUCCUCACCAGAUUCGCAGCAGAACCUGGUGAAAUAUGUAUGAAGUCCCACAAAAGGAAUCCAUGUUUAUUUUAAGCUGUUUGUUUUACUUGUCACCCCACUAUCCGCGACGCACACCGCGCCGGGUUCCCAUAGGAACACGGCCCCAAAUCACUCUCCUGUUUGAGCUACUUAUCCGCGCACACCACAGCCGCCUCCUGACAGCGUGACUCACGCUUCUUCAAGAUGUGCCGAUGUCACCGAGCCGCUCUCUCCUGUCCGCCGUCACCCCAUCAGUCCCUCUUUAUAUAUCUGUCUGUUUAUCUCUAUGGUGACCCUGAAGAUUCCGUUUGGUGGAUCUCCUCAGGCCUGUGUCUGCCACACCACGUGCCCUGUCGCCCGUCUGCGCCCGUUCCGAGGCCCAAUGCACUCGUGCUCACCCUGCUCUGGAUGCUGAACCCCCC